AUGCUCAACUAUUUGUAUUUAUUUCAAUUGUUCCUGAUAUGCGAUCUCCUAUAUUUCGUGAAAGGCUUUUCACAACCAGCCCAACGAUAUUCCGAGCCCGAAUUCCCUUUGUUUAAUAUUUCAUCAUGGAAAUCGGCCGGAAAAUUGGAAUUAUUGCAUGAAGAAGAUGAAAGACCCGUUUUCAACCUCAGUGAGCUUGCAACAAAUGAGGCAAGCCGUGAAUUCAAGAGUGAGAUCUGGAUCAUCAUUAUUCUGUGCGCUCUGCUGUGUCUUGCCCUUCGACACGCCAACGAUUUUUAUCAUGGGCAAGCGAUCACCUUGGUAAACGAAGGAGUCUGGAAUGGACGAUUUAAACAUCGGGGCGUCGAACAAAAAUUCCUUUCACGUGUCGAAGAAGACUUCCAAUCAAUGUUUCAAAAAAUCAAAGCCGGCGAGAAAGAUGCGGAAAUUCGGAGGCUUCGUCAGAGCCAAGAUUCC